UUAAUCAUAACAAAAAAGCGAUGUUUUUGUGUGUUGUUUUAUUAUUUUGUAAAAGCGUUUGUUAACGUUUUUAAGGCAGCGAAAUGGAUAAAUCCAGGUCCAGUGUCUACGACAAGUUCGCUGGCUUCGUGGAGCAGCUGCGGAACACAGAAUGCAGUCAAAAGCAGAAGAUCACCUGCUUCCAGCAGAUUGCCGAGUGCAUCAUGUCGCCUUCGCUGGCGGGACACAUCAACUAUGCGGCCCACUGCGGCACGGCCAUGAAUGUCCUGCUGCUCUUCUGCGAGGAUGUGGACUCCGUGGUGCGGAUGAGUGCCGAGGAGAACCUGAACAAGAUCCUGCGGGCUCUGGAGAAAACCCGGGUCAGCCGCAUCCUUAUGGAUCUUUAUGGGGAGAUCAAGAGAAAUGGUAACCAGAGAUCCUUAAGGAUUUGCCUGAACCUGUUUUCCUACUAUGCCCCGCAAAUAAAGGAAAAACACAUCAAGUGGUACGCUGUGAGAUUGCUGCAAUGCAUGACCACCAUUUCACAGCGCAAGGAGACACUGCUCCAGGAGACACUCUGCGAUUUCGUCAAGCACUUUGGCCACUAUAUACAGCAGGGUCUAAGCGAUAGUGAGAUUUGCAAUCUAUUUGAGACUUUUCUGGACAAUAUUGGCUCCGAUUGUGCCGUAAAGCGACGGUGCUCGGCCCAAAAUUGCAUCAGUCUGAUUGAGCAUGCACGCAAUAGGAGCCUCAUGGCCAGACACGGAGUCAACAAAGUGACGGAACUCCUGCUGACGGAUCAGCAAACCAGCAGCGUGCUGGGGGCCCUGGGGCUGUUGCGUCUCCUGCUGCCGCAACUCAUACGCGGCUACUCCACCGAUAGCCACGAGGAUUCCGAGUCCUUGGCCGGGCAGCAGCAACAGCAGCAGCAGCAGCAGAAGAAGCAGCAGCAGCAGCAGACAACAACCUCCGACUGUCGGCAAAUUAUUGAAAUUUAUGAUUAUUGUUUGCACCUGCUGAGCACGCAGCAUACCACGAAUCACGCCAUCAUAAAUGCCACCCUGGAGGUCAUCAACGGCAUACUCCAGGCGCUGGACGCCCCCACCGAUGGCCAAUGCCACGGCAACCAGAGUCUGGGCCAAAGUUUGCGCCAACUGUUGUGCAAUCAACAACUGCAGCACAAUGAGUAUUUGCGGCGAAGGAAAUCAUUAAAGAAUCAAAUAUUCCAAUUGAAAAAUUACGAAGUGGCGACAAGUCAACAGCAGCUCGAGGAUGAGGAUGAAGAUGAGCUGGCGGAUUGGGCCACUGCAAUGCAAAUGAAAAAGAAUUCAAAUGCAAAACUGCAGCAGGCAAAGUGUCAACAGCAGCAGCAUCACCAUCACCAUCAGCAGCAGCAGCAGCAACAACAACAGCAACUCGGGGAUGACAGCAGCUCGCUGGGAAUUAAUGCCGGGGAAGAUGCCUCGACCGAGGCUGCAAGUUCCGUCGCUGAUGAAGGGGGAGAGGCAGCCAAGCAGCGCUGCCACAUUAGGAAUGCCGCACGCAGCAUCAGCGAGUGCGUUGCCACGGACGAGGACAAGCAGGGGCAAGGACAACACCAGCGGCAGGACGAGGAUGAUGACAUGGAGGAGGAUGACGACAUGGAGCUGCUGAGUGCCGAGUGUGAUGACUUCACAACCCUGUCACAACUAAAUGAACAACAGGCGCCGUCAGCGGCAUUGCAAUUGCCCGCAACAACUGCAACAACAGCAACAGCAGCAGCAUCGCAGAACGAUAAACUGAUUGAUGUUGAUGCCGAUGUCGGGGGGCUGUCUAAACCGCAGCAUCAGUCAUCUCUGCAGAAUCUGCUCGCCGGCAGCGAUGACAAAUCCCAGCAUUUGAGUGACAUCGACAAUGAAUCUUUCAACAGCAUCGAUUUCGAAGCCGAAAUCACAAUUGCCGGCAGCAAAGAGCAGCAGCAGCAGCAGCAACAACAUCCUUUGGCGACGGAUGAUUCGGCGGAAUCCGGCGAUGCAACAGCAAUUGGCACAUUCUUCAACAAUCUGCUGUCGCAUUCGAAUGCAGCCUCGGAGUCGGUCAGUAAGCUCUUUCGUCAAUCAAGCGGCUCUAAGUCCACGCCCUCCAAGUCGGCUCCUGCCGACAAAUCGGAUGCCGUCUCGACGGCCUCGCUCACGCUUUCGCUGAGCUCCUUGGCCAGCAGCAACAUGGAGCCGCUGGAGCGGCAGCCCUCGAUUGCGGAGACGCCCACGCCCGUGGAGGACUCCUGUUCGAUGACCGCCUCCCACACGGCGUCCACGGCCCUCAUGGUGGAUACUCCGGCACUGGAGGUGGCAGCUGCUAAGCCCGAAACACCGCAGUUACGAAGCACGCCCAACGCUAAUCCCUUUCUAGUGGAGAACUCGCCGCUUCGACAGACAGUUGUCGGUCGUGCCCUGAUCACCGUGAAAAUUGGCAGCAUCCUGGAGCAGUCGUUGGUGUACUACACGGCUCGAGUGGUGGCAGCCCGUUUUCUGCUCAGUGGACAGGCGGCGGGAUUACAGCCGGAUAGCAUCAGUAGGGUUUCCAUCAAGAGCCUCUCCCUGGCCGUGAUUGCCCAAUGUGUGCGACUGGCGCCGAGGGUUCUCCAACUGGGCCUGGAGAUCAGCGAUCGGGAACUGCAGUGGCUGGCAGAGACCAGCUCUCAGGCGGUCAGUGGUGACAGCACUCAGGUGUCCAGUCCCCAGAGCAGCGAUAACUCGCAGCUGGGCGGGGAGAAACCGUCGCUGGAAAGUCCGCUAAUACAGGCUGGUCUGGAGGAGAGUCUGCUCUUGCUGGACAUCAAGGACGAUCACUUUGGCCCCAGCACCUGCCCAGCUUAUCUGCAGCAGGCCACGCCUACUUUAAGCCGCAGCGCAGACGCUUCUAUUCUGCUACUUGGAGGAACCUCUUCAUCGCAGGCUCUAAAGAUAUCGGCUAAUGAAGAAAAGCUCUCCAAGUCAGAGAUCAUUGGCAGCUCAUUUCGACCCACGGUAGCAGCUGAGGAUGUGCCGCCAUUGAGUCUGCCGCCACGCCCACCCAAGCGCACAAAGUCAACGCGCAGUCGAGCGGGUUUUACUGGAUCAUCUUCCUUAUCCGGGAUUCCUUCAAACCAAAGAUGCCAGGCGCUUUCGGAUGUGCUGCUCUUUCAUGAUCACUGCGAUCCCAUCCUGCGAGGAGGCGUGCAGCAGGUUGUGGGCUAUUUUCUGCAAUCCAGCGGAGCAGGACUAUUUCUGGAACUCCAACGUAAUCUGGGCCUGCAACACUUGUUGGCCAUUUUGCUGAAGGGCUUUGAGGACGAGAUCCACACAGUGGUUAUACAAGCGUUGAAUGCAUUCGAUAAGAUAUUUCCGCAUGUGGUGUCCAAAUAUUUGACAGAGCCGCCAUGUCAUUAUCAUGCUCAUCAGCAGCAGCAGCAGGACAAGGAGCACAAGGAGCAACAGCAGGAGCAGGAGCAGGACCUGCAACGACAUUCAAGUGGACAACAAAAGCGUCCGGGCCAGGCGCAAACAUUUGGCCAACAAACUUUUGCAAAGGACCAGGAUAAUGCCUUAAGCAGUCGACGGCAGCAACAAAGGGGUCCUAACGAUGCCGGGACAUGUGCCAACUCCUCGGCCACUGAUAAUGAUGAGCUACUGGCUGCUCUUUUGAAUGAUUUCCAAUUGCGAUCGACUGGCAUGCAGCAGCAUCGGCAGCAGCAGCAAAAGAAUAAUGGCAGCGGCACUGGACAGCUGGGUAAUGAGCCCGAUCCCGAUCCCCAUUCCGAUGCCCAAACCGAACCCCAACACGAACCCUUCUGCGUGUUUGCCAUCUCGCCCAAAUUGCUCUUGAGCAAACUCCGGCUCUGCCAUCACAAUAAAUAUUGGCUGGUCCAGAAUAAAUACGCCGAAGUUAUUUCGAAUUUAAAUUACGUGCUGCUGCGGUCGUACUACGCAAAUUUUCGUUGCGGCUUCGACAACAAAAACAGCGGCGCCAAGGAGCAGGACUCGAGGAGCAGGACGAAGGAUGCCUGCGCUGCUGGACGGGAUGCGGAGGCCGAGGACAUUGUCUGCACUUAUGAGGCGCAGUUUCUGGCUGAACUUUUACAUCUGCUCGGCGACGAUGAUGCGCGGGUGCGGGAACAUGCCGCCUGCUGUCUUUGCCGCUUUAUAAUGCAAACGGCGCGCCAGGAGCCACCGGCGAACAAGGAUGCGGACGAUGGAGGACGAGGAGGAGGCCAAAUCGAAGGCAAUGGCAGUGGCAACGUCAACGUGGAAACUCAACAAACUAAUUUCAAUUUGCUGUGGGAUUUUUUCGACUAUCGCAUAUUUGGCAGCAUGUCCGUGACGUUGCGUAAUUUAUUCCGGGCCAGUUCGACGAUUGUGCCGCCGCUGGCUGAGUUGGAUGCAUUGCCCGCCUACGCCUCGGCCUCCCCGGAUUCUGGCAGCACGUCCAUGCUGGCGAUGGGGGGCAACUCCUCGGGAUCGGCAUCUGCCUCAUCGGCAUCCGCAGCGGCAGUCUCCGCGGCGUCGGCCUACUUCGAGGCAAGUUACGGCGUCGGCAUCGCCGAGGGGCAUGUUUUUGCCCGUCAAAUCGCGCAGGAGGAAAAAGUUUUGGCCAAAGUUUUGUAUCGCUUGACAAAUAAAUUGAUGACGCUGAAUGAUAAAAAUGUGCAGUUUGGCAUAAUUUACGCUCUGCGCCUCCUGCUGAGGCACUUCAAUUUCGUGGACUAUCAACAGGCCUGGCUGGAAUUCAAUUUCGUUGAAAUUUGCAUUAGCUAUGCCUACUACAACAAUGCAACAGCUGCCGACCUCAGUUGCCAGAACGAUUUGAUUGAUGUGAUGGGCAAAUUAAUGGCAGGUGCCAUGUUGAGCUCAGGUGAGCCGGCUGCCCCACACCUGGACUUUCUGCUGCGUCACAGCGUCAAGAUGCUGAACAUCUACUUCCACCUGGUCACCAAUCAGCGUCCGCCCUCCGGCUCCCAUCCCGGCAGCUCCAAGCCGCCCAAGAGCGAGCUCUUCGCCCGCGAACUGCCAGCGGCACCCCUUUCGGCUCUGGGUUACUUUGCCGGCGAUUACGUUUACAUGAAACUUUACAACAUUUUAAGAGGUGCUAAUGACAGCUACAAGAUAACCAUAAAUCACGAGGCCGGCAGCUUAUUAAUUUGUCUCCUGAAAACUUGCCUCAACGCAUUGAGCCUCUGCCUGGAGGCUAUGGCGAGUGCCUCGCCCCCGGAGCUCAAAUUAAUCGAAGAAAUUCUCCACUAUUUGACCAAGAUCAUAAAUUAUGCGCCCGCCGAGUGCGUUGCAUGUCUGCGGCAACUGUUGAAAUAUUUAUUCGCCCAAAAUUAUGCCAGCCAAGUGCGACUGCAGCCAACGGUCGGUGGCCACCACGCCGCCUUCAUACGCCCCUACUUUGUGGCCAAGGGCAGGGGUCAUGGCGCCGACUCCAUGUGGCUGCCAACAAUAAAUUCAAAGCCAGUGGAGGGACCAGCGGGGGCAGGGGCAGUAGCAGGAGCAGGAGCAGGUCCAAUUGAUACUGGCCCACUCCAGCCACUGGGCAAGCUCUUUGUGCAGGGCCUGCAGCCGUCCACUCCGCCGGCGGGUGACUGCGCCCGGCUUAUAAAGCUAUUCGAGCCGCUGGUCAUAUACUGUCUGACGCUCUUCAUGAAAUCCAAUGCGCUGAUUCAGGCGCCCAUACUGCGACUUCUCUCCCAACUGCUGGACCUGAAUGUUACCUACAGCAUACUGGACUCCAAGAAUGUAAUAUUCGAGCAAAUAUUAAGCAACAUGGAUCUGAUCGAAAGUGGCAUAGAUAGAAACGCCUUUAUUAUCGUACCGCCAAUGCUGAGAUUCCUGGUCCAGUUGACGCACAAGAGCGACCGGCAACUGAUCACGAUACCCAAGAUCAUCAGCGUUACCAACAAUCUGCUGGCCAAUAGCUCGAUUCGCGAGGUGGCCCUGCUGGCCCUCAAGACCCUCAGCUACGAGCUGUUCUUCAUGCAGAGCCAGCUGGAGGAGGCGCUGGACACCGAGGGCCAUAACUCAGGUCGGACGGCGUGCCAGAGUCCGUUGAGUGCGGCCCCCACGCCGGAAACCAGAGAGGCCUUGCUGGCGCAGCGACGCGAACUGGACACCCAACGGGAAGUGGUGCUGGGCAUGCUGGAGAAGUUCAUCGAGGCGCGGCCGAGUCAACAGGUCCUGGCCCUGCUGCUCCUCUUCGAGCGCAGUGUCCAGCAACUGGACCCGUCGCCGUGUCGCAGUGGCCAGGAUGCGGACGCCGUGUACGAAGCGCUGUGUCGAGGUCUCUGUUCCCGCCAGUGGCGUCUCCACUCCGCCGGGGAUCUGCGGCUACUGGAGAGUUGCUUCCGCAACAACGGCAACCAUGUGUUGGCCGACAGCAAGGGAUUCCUGCAGCUGCUGCAACUCUUCAUCGAGCAGGGCGUCGGCAACUUUGGUGAUUUAGCUCUGGCCAUGGUUAUGCUGGAGAACGUAAUCCUGAAGACCGAGGAAAUUUAUCUAGUGAAUCACAUAAAACUUUAUUUGAAAAAUAAUCCAACAGCCGAGCGGCGUCUGCAGGCCCUACUGCCCGCCGCAUCUUCAGCUCCUGUCUGGCAGGACGAGGCGCCAUCGACGUCUUCGGCGGCGGCAGCUGCCAGAGCGGCCGCUUCCGCUUCCGCCUCCUCCUCCGUCCGCUCGGUCAUCAGCGAAAUUAACUAUUUCGCCAAAGUUCUCAGCGAGAAGCUGCUGGCCUGUCUGGAUGCCCUGCUGGGCCUGGAUUCCGGCUCAUCCUCCCCUCCUGCAGUGGGCCACGCCUACUGCCAGCUGGCCGGGCGUUUUGUGGAUGCCAUGCACAACGUCUGCUGCCGCUCGCGGCACAAGGAUGCACUUCAAUCAGUUUUCCGCUUGGUUUUGGCCGAGUCUGAAUUUCUCUGCAAAUACUAUAGCCUGCUGCUGAUGAGUGCCGCAGGCCAGGGAGGCUCCGGCUCACUGGAUGCAGUGCUACUAGCCUGCCUGAGGCUGGUGCUGGCCAUGCGGCUGGAGGAGCCGGUGGCCCUCAUGGAGCACGCCGCUCAACUGCCGCUGAAACGGAACCUGCAGCGGGCGGUGCUCCGCGAAGUUUGUCGUGCAAAUGUGGGCUGCGAUUGGAGUGCGCAACAAGUGCGCCGCUUGUUCGACGGCAGGUAUCUGAAUUUCCUAAUUGCUGACCACUUGGAAUUCCUCUGCGAGCUAUGCCAAGAACGUCCCGAGUGCGGCUCAUUACUGCAGGUGGCCCUGCUCCGGAACGCGGACCAAUUGAGCAGGCAAUCCAUUCGCAUCGUCCUUCGGCUAUUGGGACGUCUUUGUGAGUCCGCCGAACAGGACGCCUCUGGAGACGCCGGCAGCGAUGCGGAUCCCACACUGCAGGCCCUCCAACUCCUGAGUCGCCUGCACCAGCUGCACGAAGGACAGCGCUCGCUGCAGCUGCCCAUGGAGCGGUUGGCCCGGCGACUGAGCGCCCAGAGCGGCCCGUCCGCCAGGAACCUCAUCUACGACAGGCUGGUGGAGGGGGAGCUGGCCGGAGGAGAGGACCAGGACGCGCUGCGAACCCUGCUACUGAAGGACUUGGAGUGCCGCCAGGACAAUGAGACUGCAACGCCGUCGCGCAUAAUUGAUGAGAGCUGGCUCUUUGCGCAGCUAAUCAAAUUCGCCACCCAGCAUGCGGAUGCUCCGCAACAGCAGAAGCAACUAAUGCUGCUGCUCUUGGAGAUCCAGUCGGAGCCCAAGCUGCACCGCCUGCUCCGAAGUCUGGGCGCCGAGCAGGAGGCGAGACUACUGCGCCACGCCAUUGCCGGUUCACUGGUUGCCAUGCUGUCCGCCUUUCGCCAGAAGUGCAUCCAGCAUGCGCCGCACAUUAACUACAUGCAACCGCCGCCGCUGGCGCGUGUGUCCUGCUCGUUGCUCCUGGCAAAGGUGGCUGCCACAGAGGCCGCACAACAGACGCCACCCAACGGGGAGCAACUGGAUGUGGCCCGGGCGGUGGCCACGCUGAUGGCCUGCAUUCGGAAUGUGGAGCAAACAGCACUCGUCUACAUCGAUGCCCGGCUGAUGGAGAAGUUCGUGGUCGAGCACUUGCUGCGCCCCGAGCAUCUGGCACAGUUGCUGGGCUACCUCGGCUGGCUUGCCGGGGCGGCCAAACAGAUUUUGGCCAAGCCAACACGACAGGAGUCGGAACAAGGCGCCCUGGGCGUGCUGCUGGCCACCGUGGAUGCACUCCUGCAGCAGCCACGCGUCUGGCGGGAGCUUAAUGCCAGUGCGGAUGGCGCUCUGCGCUGCGAACUGCUCGAACUGCUGGACUUGGUGGCCCGACGGACCCUACAGGACACCAUUUUCUAUCGCCGGCACCGGCUGGACAGAAGCAAGGCGAAGGGAGCGGCACCGCAGGCGAUUUUCCUGGCCAAAUUGAUUGAAACUCAAAUUGAAAUCGAGUCCCUGGACAGCGGCAGGGUCUUGGCAGGCGCCGAGGAUGCUCGACUGCAGUUCGCAGGCCAGGAACUGGCGCAGCUCCAAGUGCCAUUGUCGCUGGUGGCCUCCAUCGGCAUAUCGCUGCUACGAACGCACCAGUUUUAUGCCUACGCGGUGACUCCGCACGAACUCAUCCAGCGGCCAGAGGAGCAGCAGAAGCAACAGGCCGAUGGCAAGUUGCCCUCCAUUCCAGUGGACAGUCUGAGCGAUGUGGAUAUCCUGCGCCAAUUUGUCAAGAGGCUCUCCAUCUUCGGCUUCACCACCCGGCAGCAGUUCGAGGAGUACUUCAUGACCUGCCUGCUGCUGAUCAAUAAGCUGUACGACGAGCACAUGGUCGAUCAGCAGGAGCAGUUCCAGAUCAAGCAGGUCUGCCUGCAGGCCAUCCUCGAACUUUUAAUGACGUACAAAACUUUUCCCAUUGUGGGCCAGGCCAACGGACAGUUCCAUCACACGACUCGCUGGCAGCGCAUCACUUGUGACAGCAUUAGCCUGAAGAAACUGCACAAGGUGCAGCUGCUGGUGGACGCGUGCAAUGUCUUCUAUCACCCCAAUCUGGAGCGGCAGCUGGCCCACGACAAUGUGAUUGGCACACGCACCUUUGCGGCCAAUCAAUACGAUCUCAAUUUCAGCUGGGCCCAAAUGGAGGGCGUGGGCUUAUCCGGCGGGGAGCAGGCCACCAUGACGAACAUUAAGCAGUCCUGCGAUGCGGAUGUGCCCGACAUGGCAAUGCGCAACUAUCGCCAUUUUACGCAGCUGUCGGGAAUUGACUUUCGCAGCAGCACGCAGCUGGUCUUUGACGUACUGCAGCAGAUGAUCGAGCUGAAUCACAUCCUGGUGCUGCCCAAUUUGGUAAAGUUUUGCGAAAUCUGCGAGAGUCGCGACCACAUCAAAUGGAUUAAGGAGCGCUGCCUCAAACUGCAGGAGCAGGUGGCCAUGGACGAUACUAUUUCGCAUCAGCAUAUAAUCUACUUACUGUGCCGCAGCCAGGCCCUCCUCAUCCCCAGCCUGGGCGAGCUGCAGGUCCUGUGCUCCUUGAUUGGCAACAUCUACUUGAAGAGCACGCACAGCUUCAUACGCAUCGCCACGCUGCAGGGGCUGCUCUGUCUGCUGGAGUGCUGCAGCAAGACCAACACGACAAUGGGGCGGCUCAGCGAGGAGCUGGCAUUGUUGCGAGCCCUAAUUGUGGGCUACAUCAAUCGUCAUGGCAUCAUUGAUGAGAGCCCGCUGCCGUUCAGCGUGGAGCACACGAAGCUGGUGUGGACGCUCAAUUACAGCCUGAUCGAGUGGACAUCGAAAUUCGUGCCGCAAUGUCAUCUGUUGUCGAAUACAAUCAUUGUGGCCAACAACUUCCUAAAGAAGACCGUCGACGAGGAGCUGUAUCUGUGCGUUCUGCAUGGCCUGGAGCGCAUGGUGGUCAAUAGCGGAGUGCCGUCUCCUGGUGGCCAGCCUAUUGGAAAGGACCCAGCUGGAGCCGCCGGAGAGGCACAGUCGGCGGCGGGAUCCGAGGCUGGUGGUGUCGGAGUCGUGGUCACACCGCAGAUGCGACAUAAAAUUGAAAAACUUGCACUCGAAUUGCUGAAAAUGGAAAAUGAGAAAUUUUCGAUUCCGGCAUUGAAAUUGCUUUUGUCCUGCAUGUAUGUGGGUUCUGCUGCCCAGUUGGAGAACACGGAGCUGUCGAACGGAAUUGUUCAGGACGAUCCGGAGAUAAUCGCCCAGCAAAACGAUAAAGUCGAUAUACUUUUGCAUUGUAUUAAAUCAUCGAGUCGAGAUGCCGCCUGGAUUUAUGGACAAGUGCUGUGCCAAAUUAUUCGUGAUUUAGUGCCACCGAAUGAAAUAUUGACGAAGGUCAUAAAGGAGUUUCUGGCCAUAAAUCAACCGCACGGCGAUGUUAUUGCCAUGAUUGUGUAUCAGGUCUUUCGCUCCGCCAUCGACUCGUCCUACCUGCAGAUGCUCCAGGACUGGCUGAUCUGCACCCUGCCAACGUUCCUCGCCCAGCCGGAGCAGCAGGGUGUCUGGGGUCUCAGCGUCAUCUUUUUAUCCGCCUCCAUAAAUCUGCAUUUGAUUAAACUAUUUCCGCUGGUGCUUGGCAUCGGAGCAGCCAACUCUGGGAUGGCGACGGCAGCGGCAACGGCAACGGCAUCGGCAACAACUGAGGCAGCAGCUCCGGCGACGUCCCGAAAAUUGGGUCAACACGAAAUUGCAUUGUUCGUGACAGCUGCACAAGAUUUCCAUGCGAAAUUGAGUGGCGAGCAGCGGCAGCGUUUCCGCGAGGCCUUCAGCAGCUUCGAGCGGAGUCAGGUCUACGGCCGGAUGCUGCAGCGCCUGUGAUGCUCAGAUGCUCAGUUGCUGGAUGCUGAUGCGAGUGGCGAUAGCGUAUAAUCAUGGGUGAGCUCCUCGGGUCCGACUAUUUAUCUUGCGUUUAAUUCCAAUCGCGGGAGCGGGCGUGGUCGCGGCUAAGCAAAAUGCAAUGGACUCCGAUUUGGCAACAGCAACGGCAGCGGCUAAACUUGCUCCAAAGACAAGCGCAAGCGUGAAUAACUAAUUGCCCCGAGCUGCGGAUAAAGUUUAAGCGGAUGUCCCUUUUCUUGGCGCUCGCACUUCUCCUUCAACUUGGAGGCCCCUGCGCACGACAAAGUUUUUUAAUAGUUGGCGAAUACAAAAUUAAUUUAUGCUUUACAUUAUGUGUAACUAAUAUUUAAAUUAUUGCAAACGAAUGUUCGCCGAUCCACCUCCGCGCCUCCCCGCACUUCUUAAUCUGGUCGAAAGUUUAACGAGGCCACCAGCGAGCGACCCACAAUUAAUUCCUGCGGCUUUCGACAAGGACCCAGGACACGGAAAUUAUGUUCUUGUCAGUUUUGGGUAAAGUUUAUCAUUUAUUUAUUAUGACGCUGCUUGCCGGGGCAAGAAACAACCUGGACAGAGGACGCUAGUGGGCAUUAGUAUGCGCCUUAACCAAUUGCUGGCUAAUUCCUAAUCAAAAUUACUUAAAAAUUCCAUUAUGCAAACACCGCCCUCUCCCUUUGUGUACUCCAAUUGUAAUCAAAAUAAUAACCAUGUUGUUUAAUGAAAUAAAAUCACAAGCUAAAACGAG